ACUUGUUUCUCAGAGAGUACGUACUUACAUCCUCACCAUGGCAGAAGUUGCUCCCGCGGCCGCACCAGCCCCCGUAAAGGCUCCAAAGAAGAAGGCGGCACCUCGUCCCAAGAAAGCUGGACCCAGCGUCGGUGAGUUGGUCGUGAAGGCUGUGACUGCAUCGAAGGAGAAAAAAGGAGUUUCUCUGGCAGCUUUGAAGAAAUCGCUUUUGGCUGGCGGAUACGACGUAGAGAAGAAUAAUACUCGCGUGAAGUUGGCCAUCAAGAGUCUCGUUUCCAAGGGAACUUUGCUCCAAACCAAGGGCACCGGGGCGUCCGGCUCCUUCAAGCUGAACAAGCAGGCAGAGAUCAAGAAGAAGCCCGUUAAGAAGGCUGCACCCAAGGCGAAGAAGCCGGCUGCUAAGAAACCCGCCGCAGCAAAGAAGGCCACCAAGAGCCCCAAGAAGGCAGUGGCUAAGAAGCCCGCUGCUGCUAAGAAGUCUCCGGCGAAGAAGGCGAAGAAACCCGCAGCCCCCAAGAAGGCCACCAAGAGCCCCAAAAAGGCUAAGAAGCCCGCUGCACCCAAGAAGGCAGCGAAGAGCCCUAAGAAGGCAAAGGCAGCAAAGCCCAAGGCGGCAGCUAAGCCUAAAGCCGCCAAACCCAAAAAGGCAGCUCCCAAGAAGAAGUAAAGUGGAGACCUACAUUCUUCACCAUGAAUCAAAAGGCUCUUUUAAGAGCCACCCACUUAUGCCAUGAAAGUCCUUGUUCCAAACACACUGACCGAACGCUUUUAUGGUAGGUUCAGUAGUAUGUUUCACAUGUUCAGGCUCCCUAUUCACUGUACAAAAUAAUAACUUG